AGUUUUCCACGCUCAAUUUAUUUCUUUUUACUCGACAGAUUUCCGCCUUCCUCUACUGUUCUCUCUCACCCCCGUCGCUCAUCGCCGUCUUUCGUUCUCUGCAACCUUCGCCGGAGAUUGCUCGACGUUAUUCGCUAUUUUACAGGUGAUUGUGGAAACCUUCCUUCCUGUUAAAAGGAAGUUCCGAUUGUGGAUCUUCUCAGUAGCUAAUGGCGGAAUUAGAAACUCUACUUUUGGAAGCUGCUGGUAGAACCAAUGCAGGAGGGAGGAACCGACAGUCUCAUCCACCGUCACGGAGGAGACGUGAAGGUUCAUACUCUGAUGGUGGAAGUGAUUCAAAGGAUGAUUCUGAUGAAGAUCGUGGCUUUUCCAGCAGAAAGCCCUCUGGGUCUCAAGUUCCUCUGAAGAAGAGGUUGGAGUCCUCCGACAGAGAAGAUCGAGCUGCCCGGGGUGAAGGCGAUUUCGGUGAUGGUGGCUCCGAUCGUGAGGGUGACAGCAGCGAUGAAUCCGACUUUGGCGAUGAUCUCUACAAGAACGAAGAAGACAGGCAGAAGCUUGCCGGGAUGACAGAAUUUCAGAGAGAGAUGAUUCUGGCUGAGCGUGCUGAUAAGAAAGGCGAUAAGAAUUUUACCGAGAAACUUAGAUCGAAGAGGGAAAACAACAAGACCCCUGUUUCAAAGAAAGAGACAACGCCUCUUGCGGCGUCUCGUGGUAUCCGAACAUCUGCUAGAUCUGCAGAUAGAGCGGCUGCAAAGGAUGAUGCACUGAACGAACUGAGGGCAAAGCGUAUGAAGCAGCAGGAUCCGGGAGCUCACAGCAAAUUGAGGGAUGCAUCAGAGGGCGGUUCGGGUAGCCGAGAUUUCUCAUCAAUCAAGCGGAAACCAUUUGCUUCCUCGAAUUUAAGUAGUUCCAGUCAGAGUGACGGUGAGAGGUCUCAUAGUGACGAGGAAGGCUCAACUGGCGAUGGAGGAAUGCUCGACAGUGACGACGAUAUGUCUGAUGUUCCUACCUUUGAGGAUAUUAAGGAAAUUACCAUAAGGAGGUCGAAGCUCGCUAAAUGGUUGAUGGAACCUUUCUUCGAAGAGCUAAUUGUCGGAUGCUUUGUGAGGGUUGGGAUUGGAAGGUCGAAAAGCGGGCCGAUUUACCGACUCUGCAUGGUGAAGAACGUUGACUCGACGGAUCCAGACAGAACAUACAAACUAGAGAACAAGACAACACACAAGUAUUUGAAUGUUAUAUGGGGCAACGAAAACUCAGCCGCUCGAUGGCAAAUGGCAAUGGUCUCAGAUGGGCAUCCUCUGGAGGAGGAGUAUCGGCAGUGGAUCAGGGAGGUUGAGCGAACGAACGGCCGCUUGCCCACGAAGCAAGACGUAUCAGAAAAGAAAGAAGCCAUACAAAGGACAAACAAGUUUGUUUACUCGGCAGAGACCGUGAAACAGAUGUUGCAGGAGAAGAAAUCGGCCUCGAUCAGGCCAUUGAACGUCGCUGCCGAGAAAGACAAACUCAGAAGGGAGUUAGACGUUGCGCAAAGCAAGAACGACGAAGCUGCCAUACAGAGAAUCAAAGGUAAAAUCAAGCAACUCGAGGCAUCACGCCAGAAGAAAGAGGUGGACAAAAAGGCACUUAGGCUCGCCGAGAUGAACCGCAAGAACAGGGCCGAGAAUUUCAAGAACGCAUCUGAGCUGAAACCCGUAAACACGAGCCUAAAAGCCGGUGAAGCAGGGUACGAUCCGUUUUCGAGGAGAUGGACCCGAUCAAUGAACUACUACGCCGGGAAAAACAGGGAAAACGACGAGACUGGUGUGAGGGAGAAUGCAGAGGCAGAGAGCAACGGAAGAGCCGCCACAGGAGAGAGUGGGUUACUAGCGGCCACGGCAGCGGCUCUAGAGGCGGCAGCAGGGGCGGGGAAGCUGGUGGACACGAGAGCGCCGAUGGAUCAAGGAGCGGAGUUCAACAUUCUGCACAAUUUCGAGCUCCCGAUAUCGCUGGCGCCGCUGCAGAAACUCGGGGGACCGCAGGGCGUACAGAAAGCGUUCAUGGGGAGGAAGCAGGCGAUCGAAGCCACGGUUGGAUGCAGAGUUCCUGAGAAUGAUGGCAAGAGGCAUGGCUUGACGUUGACUGUUAGUGACUACAAGCGACGGAGAGGCCUUCUCUGAUCAGUUUUAUUACACACUUUCACUAGUUUCCUUCACAAACAGGUUCUUGUCUCUCUUUCUUAAUCCUUUUUUUUUUCGGGUGUUGCCUGAAAUAUUUGUGUGGUGUUUGCUUGAACUCGCCAAUUUACUGUGUGAGAGAACUUAAGCUUGUUUCUUUAAAAAAAAAACUUAUAAUUCAACAGAAUAAGCAAGUUUCAAAUUAUUCCUCUCGUUUGGAUAAUUUGGCGUUA